UGCAGCGGGGGCCGCCCCGGCGGGCUGCGGGCACCCGCCUGCCCUGACCCCCCCGGGCACUGGCCGCGCCCGCCCUGCCAUGGAGACGCGGCCGCCUGCGCGCCCGGCAGGUCCCCCCUGCCCGUAGCGGGCCGUGCGCGGCGCGGUCCAUGCUGCCGCUCCUGGCUCGGCUCGGCUCGGCUCGGCUCGCAUCACAUGACUCCCCCGCUGGCUCCCGCACCCAGCCGCGCUGCCAGCCGAGCGGGGACGCGUCGGGCUCGGGCUCCGUCCCCCGCGCUCCGGCCGGGGCCGGGCGCCGGGGGCCGCUGGCCGGGGGCCAGGUGAGCACCAUGCAGAAGGGGAUGCGGCUGAACGACGGGCACGUCGCCUACCUGGGGCUGCUGGCGAAGAGGGACGGCAGCCGCCGCGGCUACCUGAGCAAGCGCAGCGGCGACAACACGAAAUGGCAGAGCAAGUGGUUCGCGCUGCUGCAGAACAUGCUCUUCUGCUUCGAGAGCGACUCCAGCUCGCGGCCCUCCGGCCUCUACCUGCUGGAGGGCAGCGCCUGCGACCGCGCGCCGUCCCCCAAGCCCGGGCUCUCGGCCAAGGACUCGCUGGAGAAGCAGCAUUAUUUUACUGUUAGUUUCAACCAUGAUAAUCAGAAAACCCUGGAGCUGAGGACGGAGGAUGCCAAAGACUGCGAUGAAUGGGUAGCAGCGAUAACUCACGCAAGUUAUAGGAAUCUUGCUACAGAGCAUGAAGCUUUAAUGCAGAAGUACCUCCAUUUACUUCAGAUUGUGGAAACCGAGAAAACUGUUGCCAAGCAACUAAGACAACAGAUUGAAGAUGGGGAAAUCGAGAUUGAACGUCUGAAAUCGGAGAUUGCCUCCUUGCUUAAAGAUAACGAGCGCAUCCAGUCCACUCAGAGCAGUGCGCCAAAUGACGAUGACAGCGAUAUCAAGAAAAUCAAAAAGGUCCAGAGCUUUCUACGGGGCUGGCUAUGCAGGAGAAAAUGGAAGACGAUCAUUCAGGACUAUAUCCGAUCUCCUCACGCUGACAGCAUGAGAAAAAGGAACCAGGUUGUCUUCAGCAUGCUGGAGGCAGAAGCAGAAUACGUUCAACAGCUGCACAUUCUGGUCAACAACUUCCUUCGCCCGCUGAGGAUGGCAGCGAGCUCCAAGAAACCUCCCAUCACCCACGAUGAUGUCAGCAGCAUAUUCCUGAACAGUGAAACAAUCAUGUUUUUGCACCAGAUCUUUUAUCAAGGCCUGAAAGCAAGAAUAUCUAGCUGGCCGACGCUAGUGCUUGCUGAUUUGUUUGACAUCCUGCUGCCCAUGCUGAACAUCUACCAGGAGUUUGUGAGAAACCAUCAGUACAGCCUGCAGAUCCUGGCGCACUGCAAGCAGAACCGUGACUUCGACAAGCUACUGAAGCACUAUGAGGCCAAGCCGGACUGCGAGGAGAGGACGCUGGAGACCUUCUUGACGUACCCCAUGUUCCAGAUUCCCAGAUACAUUCUGACGUUACAUGAGUUGCUGGCGCACACACCCCAUGAGCACGUGGAGAGGAACAGCUUGGACUACGCCAAGUCCAAGCUAGAAGAGCUUUCCAGGAUAAUGCAUGACGAAGUGAGUGAGACAGAAAAUAUUCGAAAAAAUCUGGCAAUAGAAAGGAUGAUUAUUGAAGGGUGUGAAAUUCUCCUGGACACCAGCCAGACUUUUGUCAGACAAGGUUCCCUCAUCCAAGUGCCGAUGUCCGAGAAAGGGAAGAUCACCAGAGGGAGGCUUGGCUCCCUGUCCUUGAAGAAGGAGGGCGAGAGACAAUGCUUCCUCUUCUCCAAGCACUUAAUUAUCUGUACAAGAGGCUCAGGUGGAAAAUUACACUUAACCAAGAAUGGUGUGAUCUCUCUCAUCGACUGCACCUUGAUGGAGGAGCAGGAGAGCACUGAUGAAGAAACAAAAGCAUCAGUGCAAGACAUAGACCAUCUUGAUUUCAAAAUUGUAGUGGAACCAAAGGAUUCUCCAUCCUUUACUGUUAUCUUGGUGGCAUCAUCCAGGCAAGAAAAGGCUGCAUGGACCAGCGACAUCAGUCAGUGUGUAGACAACAUUCGAUGCAAUGGCCUCAUGAUGAAUGCAUUUGAGGAGAACUCAAAAGUCACAGUUCCCCAGAUGAUCAAGUCUGAUGCCAGCUUGUACUGUGACGAUGUCGACAUUCGGUUCAGUAAAACGAUGAAUUCCUGCAAGGUCCUUCAGAUCCGCUAUGCAAGCGUGGAGCGGCUCUUGGAGAGGCUGACGGACCUGCGGUUCCUCAGCAUCGACUUUCUCAACACGUUUCUGCAUUCGUACCGGGUGUUCACCACGGCGGUGAUCGUUCUGGACAAACUCAUCACUAUCUACAAGAAACCCAUCAGUGCAAUUCCUGCAAGGUCACUGGAGCUCUUGUUUGCAAGCAGCCAGAACACCAAACUGCUUUAUGGCGAGCCGCCCAAAUCUCCAAGAGCAAAUCGGAAAUUCUCAUCCCCUCCCCCGCUGUCCAUCACCAAGUCAUCCUCCUCCGAGCCGAAGACGAAGCUGUCCUUAAACAUCCCCAUCAUCACAGGAGGGAAGGCUCUGGACCUGGCUGCAUUGAGUUGCUCCUCCAAUGGCUAUGCAAGCAUGUACUCUUCCAUGUCACCCUUUAGUAAGACCACUCUUGAUAUAAACAAACUUUACGUGUCCAGUAACUACCCCAAUAAAAUACCUGAUGAAGGUGAAACUGCAUCUGAAAAACAAGAAGAGACUCCUCCAAACAAGCCAAGUUCCGAGGUAUCAGUUCGGGAGGAGUCAGACACUGAUCCAAACCAGAGCGAUGAAGCAGAAACGGAGACCUCGAGACAACCUUUACCUUCUGUGCCUGACAUUGUUCUCACUCUUCCUUUUCUAGAUUUCUCAUUGUUUUCUUAUAACAAUGGAGUCGUUAUGACGUCUUGCCGGGAGCUUGACAAUAACCGCAGUGCCCUGUCAGCUGCUUCCGCUUUUGCGAUAGCGACUGCUGGAGCCAACGAAGGCACCCCGACCAAGGAAAAAUAUAGAAGGAUGUCAUUAGCAAGUGCAGGCUUUCCCCCUGACCAAAGGAAUGGGGACAAAGAGUUCGUGAUAAGGAGAGCUGCAACCAACAGAGUGCUCAAUGUUCUGCGCCACUGGGUCUCCAAACACUCGCAGGACUUUGAAACCAAUGAUGAACUAAAAUGUAAAGUGAUCAGCUUUCUGGAAGAAGUUAUCCAUGAUCCCGAGCUCCUGACCCAGGAGAGAAAAGCAGCAGCCAAUAUUAUAAGGACUUUGACUCAGGAAGAUCCAGGAGACAAUCAGAUAACACUGGAGGAGAUCAUACAGAUGGCUGAGGGAGUCAAAGCAGAACCCUUUGAAAAUCACUCUGCUUUGGAAAUAGCAGAACAGCUGACAUUGUUGGAUCACCUGGUCUUCAAGAAGAUCCCAUAUGAAGAGUUUUUUGGGCAAGGUUGGAUGAAGCUUGAAAAGAACGAAAGGACUCCUUACAUUAUGAAGAAUACUAAACACUUCAACGAUAUCAGUAACUUGAUAGCUUCCGAAAUCCUCCGCAAUGAAGAUGUCAAUGCCAGAGUGAGCGCCAUUGAGAAGUGGGUGGCUGUGGCAGAUAUCUGCAGGUGUCUGCACAACUACAAUGCAGUCCUGGAGAUCACCUCCUCCCUGAACCGCAGCGCUAUCUUCCGGCUCAAGAAAACGUGGCUCAAAGUAUCCAAGCAGACGAAAGCUCUGAUUGAUAAGCUCCAAAGGCUGGUGUCGUCAGAGGGCCGGUUUAAGAAUCUCCGAGAAGCUCUGAAAAAUUGCGACCCACCCUGUGUUCCUUACCUGGGAAUGUAUCUGACCGACCUGGCAUUCAUAGAGGAGGGAACUCCAAAUUAUACUGAAGAUGGCUUGGUGAACUUCUCCAAAAUGAGAAUGAUUUCCCACAUCAUUCGAGAGAUCCGCCAAUUUCAGCAAACGUCCUACAAGAUAGAACAUCAAGCCAAGGUGACACAGUAUUUACUGGACCAAUCAUUUGUAAUGGAUGAAGAAAGUCUUUAUGAAUCUUCUCUUCGAAUAGAACCUAAACUGCCUACCUGAAUGUGGAGCAGUGCCCGGCAGUUUGUCUGUACACAUCCUAUAUCAUAUUGUACAUACCUGUUUGUUUAUGUUGGGCACCCUAGAUGGACUUCCUCGUAUGUGCUUCUCAACGAAAACAAAACUUCUUCUUGCUAUUAGAACACAGUAGAACUUGACUAGAACUUCUUGCAUUGUUUAAGGAUUCAUGCAUAAAGCAUUUUGUUUAUGGCAGUCCCGGUUUAUUUUAAACAAUGUUAUUUUUGUCAUUUGGUCUUCUCAGGGGGUGAGGAAGAGCUAGGGUAGCAGGAGAAAAACAGCAAACACACAACAAACCACAGGCAGAGCUCCAGUCGCCUUCCCUUUCCACCUAGACACUGCUGUUGUGUUGGACGCACAAUCAGGGCACUCAGCAUGUUUCACGUAAUUAUUGUAACUGAACGACACUUGCUCUGGAGUCAAGCAAUUUAAAAAGAUUCUCCUAUAAUGCAGUUUAAAACAAUAAUUAUUGGUCAAGCAGGUGAUCUAAAUCAUUAUAUCACUGAGCCAACUUUGAGGCAACAGACUAGCUGUAGUUCAUCACACCUCCAUUAACCUGGGCUCUGUUUCUAUCCCACCAUCUCACUGGCUGUUCUGGUAACACCAGAUAGCAGGACUGAGCUGGAUGAGGCACUGUGCCUGUAUGGGGAAAGAGACAUAUGUGUAAAUUACACAAUCCAUCACUCUUGUUGGUUGCUGCCCAGAGUUCAUUAAGAGUAGGGGAGAGACAAUAUAUCUUUUAAUAUUUUAGCUGCAUAACACUCAUUACACGCUUCUGUGGAUAUGCUAUAAAUCUGUAUACCUUGUGACAAUUAUUAGUAACACAAUGUAGAAUUAGAAAAAAAUGACCAAGUGUUUUUAUUACAUAUACUGUAAUCCUGUCUAACCACCGUCUAGCAGGAAUAUAGUAAUGUAGUGCUUAUUCUGUGAAUAUUACCAUGUAUUUUUUACAUUGUACAGUAUAUAAACACAGUUUAACUUUAAAGUGGCAGGCAUGCUCCACUGUAACAAACAGAAAACUUUUGCUGUAAGCAUACCUAUGGUAUGAGAAAUUCUAUUUCAAGCCCUAAAAUAUUUCAACUUACAGCUUGUUUGGAAAAAUAUUUCCAUUUUUGUAAAAAUAUAUGUUUCCUGAUUACCUCUUGCUAAUAAAUCUAUUCUAUCUCAGGGUGAA